AGGGAAGCCUGACAGGAAUCCCGGGGAGAUUGUAAACAGCUCCUCCGCUUAUGCCCUCCCCGCGCAGCGUGGGUUUUAGGUGGCACCCCCCGCCAUUUUCCCUCUCAGUGAACUCCCGGAGCCUUUCUUCAGAGAGAUGCUUUCUUUACAUGUCGAACGAAUGUGCUUCUGGUGAAGAGCACAGCUACCCAUAUAGAUGGUUUUUCUGUUCCAGUCCAUGGGAAGCCACUUUUGGAGGAGCAGCAAGCUCUGCUACAGGAAGGAGCUGGUGGGCCACACACCAAUGAGAGCACUUCAGAAACAGAGAAAGUGUCAGCCACUGAGUGGCUAGAAGGCCCACAGCUAUUGAUGACAAGCUUAAGUGAUUUGAAUGUGUCCCCACAGGUGGCUCAGACUGAAAUGCCUUCUGGACUACAGGAAUUUGUUGAAACCACAUUGGCAAAUUUACCACUAGAGGAAAGAGAGGCCAUAGAGGACAAUGCGGUAUGGGCAGCCCUAAGGACUCAGACUAAUCCUCAGAUUGUUGAUGAUGCUCCUCUGUCCACAGAAGUGUGGAUUGAAGACCCUGCUGUGUUGGCUUGGAGUCCUGCACAGGAGACUGAUGUGGUGACAACAGAGGGGGUAGCAUGGCCUUUUCAGAAUACAGGUCAAUUUCAGUCACUCCCAGCAGAGAUACCUUAUCACGAGAUUCUGUGGAGGGACUGGGAAGAUCUUUCUGCUCAAGCUUGCAUCCCAGAGCCAAGCUCAGAGGCUGGUUCUUUAUUUGAAUUCAGAGUCAUGUCCUACAAUAUUCUGGCCCAGGACUUGAUAGACCUGAGUCCUCAUCUCUACAUGCAUUGCCAUCUAGACAUUUUGAGCUGGAGGUAUCGUCUUGCAAAUCUUUUACAGGAGAUCCAGCACUGGGAUCCUGAUAUUCUUUGUCUCCAGGAGGUUCAGGAGAAUCACUAUUGCGAGCAGCUGGAACCAACAUUUGUGAUGAUGGGCUUUGAUUGCAUCUACAAGCGGCGGACAGGAAGAAAGACAGAUGGUUGUGCAAUCUGCUACAAGCAGAACAGGUUCCAGUUAAUCAGUGCUAACCCUGUUGAAUACUUCCGGCCCGGUUUGGACAUCCUCAACAGAGACAAUGUCGGUCUGGUCCUGCUGUUGCAGCCCUUACUUCCAGAAUGCUUGGGAGGCAAGGCAAUCAGCCCCUUGUGUGUAGCAAACACUCAUGUGUUGUACAAUCCCCAUCGGGGAGAUAUCAAGCUAGCUCAGAUGGCUCUGCUUCUGGCAGAGAUAGACAAGACUGCAAAACAGGUCGACGGCAGUUACUGCCCCAUUAUCUUAUGUGGGGACCUAAAUUCUGUGCCUGAUUCACCACUGUACAAGUUUAUCCGGAAUGGCCAGUUGUACUACCAUGGGAUGCCUGCCUGGAAGGUGUCUGGGCAGGAAGAGUUCUGUCAUCACCCACAUCAGCGGAAACUGAUGGCUCCUCUGUGGCCCAGCUGUCUGGGUAUAACUGAUAGUUGCCAAUAUGUCACUCUUUGCCAAAUUAAGAAGUCAGACAGGCGCAAAUAUAGCCGCAAUUUCUUGCUUCAGUUCCGUUAUUGUGAUGUCGCCUGUGAACGACCUGCAGACUUACUUCUGUUGGAAGGGGUGACAGAUGUCAAACCAGAACGUCCUGCCCAUUGGUCUAAGGAGCUCACUGUGGAGAAUAACUCUGAUGCAGAACUGUUCUGUUCAAGAUAUUCAGGCAAUAUCCAGCAUGGUCUGAACUUGACCUCUGCCUACACCCAUUUCCUGCCCCAGAGAGGUCGCCCUGAGGUUACAACUAUGCCUAUGGGAAUGGGGGCCACGGUAGAUUAUAUUUUCUACUCAGCAAAUCCAAUCAAGAAUGAAAAUGCAGGAGGUCACACAAUGUACCAAGAUGGAACCCUAAAACUGCUUGGGCGGCUGUCCCUCCUCUCUGAAGAUAUCCUUUGGUCAGCAAAUGGCUUGCCUAACCCUUUCUAUUCAUCUGAUCAUCUCUGCCUGCUGGCCAGCUUUGGCUUGGAGAUCUCUGGCUUCUAAUCAUGUGCCAGAUCUCUAGAACUGUGACAGGAGUUACUUUGAAUGGGAAAAUCAUGCCACUGAAGUUUUGCAUCAGUUAACCAAAAAAAAAAUCAACUAUCUACCCCACCCUUCCCUUUCCCUUUCUUUUUUGUUUCCCUUGUUCUUCUUUCCCAUGCAUCUUUUUCAUGAGGAAAAACAUUGGAUUCACCUAUAAUGCUGCAGUUCCCUGGCUUCCCACCAUCUUUUAAAGGACGUCCUGCCAGCAGCAGACUUACCAUUUGGUAGGUGAACUGUUCGCCACUGUGAUCUAGAAGUCCACAAGGGCUUGUGUAACUUAUCACUAAGCACCUCGAAGACCCUUGGAAAGCAAGAUAAGAGUGACUCGUGGGUUUUUAUUUUGCCUUCUUCUGCAAACUGGUUUCUCUUUGCACUCAGGCCUGAAUGGUUUUCUGCAACUGUGCAAAAUGUAGUAUUUGGGGGAGGGUUUUUUGAUGUUGCUUGCAAACUUAAGGGUAGUUAUUGAUUGGCUGGUCCCUCUAAGCAGCUUGGAAACAGAAUCAAAGCCAUUUGGGUUAAGUGACUUCAAAAAAAGCUGCUAUCGGGCCAGGUUUCAACUCUUCUGCAUGAGCAGACAUUCAGAAGCAUUGAGCAUUUAUCACAAUUUCCCCCCUCUGCCUAGAGUGCACUGUUGCAUUUUAUAGUCAAGUUCUUCAGGUGGCUCUUUCUGCUUCACCCAUCUUCUCAGGACAUUUCUGAUGCCUCUUCUGGCAUCUAGAGUUGCAAGGAAGGACUGCUAAAACUGGGGGAAGAUGAAAGCUGCUUUUAUUGUUUUGUUUUCAGCUUGGAAGCCACACUGACAGGUACUUCAAGCUGGGCCUAGCAGUUGCUGAUCAUUUGUGAGGAACUUUGAAGGGAGUUACGCAGUCAGCCUCAACUCACCACCUUGAUACAUGGAAACUGCAGCAUCAUGUGUGGGCUAUGGCACAACUUCUUUAUUCUGCGGGGGGGAUGCAUUUGGAGUUUUCUGGAUUUGUAAUGUUUUCUUAAAUUUGAAAAAUAAAGUUUUAUAAUUUCAGAAAAAUCAUAAGAGCAACUGGCUUUGGGACUGAGUGAACAAGACUGAGCAGAAGUGCUUUUUUAGAGGUAUGGCAACUGGAGUGCCCUCUGGUGGACAUAGUGAAGAAAACAGCUUCAUUUAUAUUUUGCUGGCGCCUUCUCAGUUUACUGUGCAAAACAGGUGUUUACCCACCCCUUAAAGAGGGGAAUGCUAAGCUGUUCAGAAAUAAUUAACUGAGUGUAAUACCAGAGGCCAAGUGCCUUCUGUCUAUUCAGAUCCAUGUUAAUUCACAUACAUAUACUCAGGUAUGGAAUUCGGACUACAAAUUCUGCAUUUGAAAAAUCUGAACUUUUAAGUAAAAGCAACUUCUUAGUUUCUUUGGAUGUUAAAUGUUCUAGGUAGUUUGCAUAGUGAAAUCUCAAAAGUUGAAAGAAUGCUGAGUAAUAAGAUUUCUAAUAGCUAUGGGGUGGGGUGGGGAGGGGAGGAGGCCUUUAGAGGACAUUCCACCCUUGCAGGGGCUAGUGUAUUCAGCCCUGCAUUAGAGGAUAGGAGAGAAUCAAAGAUGCUACUGCAAUAUUAAGUGUCAUAGAACUUUUAUUAGGGGACAUUUUUAAAUGUCCUUUGCCUUGUAUUUUUCUUAAGACCAUUUCAGUAGUGCUGGUUUCACGCAUUCUCUACAAAAAUAUAUUGUACUGAUCGUGUAUCAGCUUUACCAAAUCUCUGUCUUCUACUAUAACUAUUUGAUUUAAAAUUAUAACUUAUUGCCUGGUGGUUCUUCCUGAUGUUGAUGAUUUUAACACUGCUGUACCACCUGUUUAUAAAAAUAAAUAUUUCAGAAUUG